AUGGCGACCCAGGAGCACGAGUAUCAGCUUAUCGGCCUCCAUACCCGCUAUUCCAGCUGGACGUCGCGGGUCGAGGCUGUCCUGGAGUACUUCCAAAUUCCCUACAACCCAAAUUUCGUGAAGAUUGAUGAUGUAAAAGCCGUGUCUCGAACUGGACUCGUCCCCGUCCUCGAAUCGCGCUCCUUGGGUUCCACUCCAAUCAACGAUUCGCUCGCAAUCUGCGAAUUCCUCGCCGAAUCCCACCCAGAAUUUCCACUCUGGCCUCGUGAUCGACUGCUUAGAGCCCUGGCACGCAGCGCCGCUGCACAGAUGCAUUCUGGCUUCUCCGCUCUACGAGGCACGUUCCAUACCAACUUCGUCGUCAGGUAUACAGGAAACAUCCAUGUCUCAGCAGAGGCACAAAAGGAUGUCGAGAAAAUCCUAGUGAUCUGGGAUAGCUCCCGUAAAGCGACCAAGGAGCGUCUUGCGAUCUUGGGGGAGGUGGACGAAGGAUUCUUGUUUGGAGGGUUCAGCAUUGCUGAUGCAUUCUUCUGGCCGGUUCUUUGGCGAUUCCGGACUUAUAAUCUUCCUCUGGAUACAGCGAGCAAGGAUGCUCUAACCUGGAUGGCGAAGAUGUGGAAUGAUCCUGUUUUCCGAGGCUUGGGUGACAAGUACUUUGAACAGGCAAACGACCCCGACACUGCUAUGCCUCAUUACGAUAAUAUUUUCCCGGAACAGGACGACAUUCAGCGCGACCAGUUUCCUCAGGACUGGACUUUCUCUGUAUCUGGGAAAUGA